AUGAACACCCAACUGACUUUGGUCUUUGGACUUGUCCUUAUGUCCUUCAUCAUGGUCAAUGCGACCACUAGACCAACUGCCACUCCACCGCGCUGCGUCUUGCCUAGUGUGUGUAUUCGGGGCAGUCCUCGUGUCUGUGGACGUAAUCCUCAAGGCCAGUGCCAACGCUACAACAACAUUUGCGAGCUCCUGGAGUCAAAUCGUCAACGUAUCAAUGUGGGAGUUGUCCAUGUCCGGGAUGGCGAGUGCCGCACAGUGCGCGGUGUGGGCGGUUCUCACAGGCGUCCAUGCUACAGGGCAUGCCCGCCUCGGCCAGUGGUCUGCAAACAGACUCCUGCCAGCCAGCAUAUCUGUGUGAGGACCCGCAAUAAUCGCGAAUGCAAGGUGUUGGCCAACAGAUGCCAAUUGCGCAAUCAAAACUGCCACGCCAGGCCACGCAACAACUGGCUGCGCACUGAUAGACGUCGCUGUGGCAAAUUGACCUUGGGUGAUAAGCCACAUGCUUGCUUAAAUAUUCCUAUUAUUACUAUAGAGCCAAGAACUCCAACUCGUUCACCGGUAACUCCAACUCGUGCACCUGUAACUCCAAGCCGUGCGCCUGUAACUCCAAGCCGUGCACCAGUAACUCCAAGCCGUGCACCAGUAACUCCAACUCGUGCAACAGUGACUCCAACUCGUGACCCAGUAACUCCAACUCUUGCACCACCAGUAACUCCAACUCGGACACCAACUGUCACUGCAUAAAUGUAGUAGCCCAAUGAAUAUGUAGAUAAUUUAACUCAAAACUUUAAAUCAAAUUUUUAAUAAUAAACGAAAUCUACAUACAAAGAAACUU